AUGGGAGCCUAUAUGUCUAAACCGAAAACAGAGAAAAUCUCUGAAGAUGGAGCGAAUCAAUGGAUAUCUUAUAGCUCCUGUUCUAUGCAGGGUUGGAGAAUGCAUCAGGAGGAUGCUCACAACUGCAUACCUAAUUUCGAUGCAUCACGAGGUAUUUCCUUCUUUGCGGUUUAUGAUGGCCACGGUGGAUCAGAAGUGGCACGAUAUUGUGCAGAAUACAUGCCUGAUUUCCUAAUGAAACUUCCUUCUUAUAAUAAAUUGGAUAUGAAGGAAACCUUAAAGCAGUUAUUCCUUGAUUUCGACGCUACAUUAGUAACUCCUGAAACUAGAACUGUUUUAAGUAAAAUGUCAGAGACAGACAGAGCCGAUAGUUCAUCAGAAAAGGAGUCACCUGCUCAAGUCCAUUAUGCUGCUGAUAUUGAUGGUGAUGAUGAUAAUGAUGGAGAGGAAGAUGAAAAUUAUUCAGAACUUCUGGCUUUGCGUGCUGAAGCAAACCAACCUUUAGAGGAUGUUUUAGAACAGUAUGGAGGAGAGGAUGCUUUACCUUCGAGCAUUAAGACUAUCCUGGAUACCCGACGUCAACAAAAAGUUGGUGAAUGUAGUCGUAAUUCAAGUAAAUCGUCGAAAAGUGUAUCAGAAGACAGUGAUUCAGAGUUAGACAAAACAACAGAUUCUUCUUGCACUAAAAUAUCCAAUACUACUGCUGCCAAUCCUGUUGAAACUGUUGAACAAGGAGACUUAUCUUCUGAAUCUAGUUGUAAAACAGACAGUACUUCUUUUUCUAACAAUGAUGAAAAUACAAAGAAAGAGUUAUCAAGUGGAUCAUUAGAAAUGCCUACAGAUACAAGUGUAAACAAUUCUACAGUGGCCAAUACAAAGAAUGAUGUUGAUGAUGAAAGCGACGAUGAAAGUGAAGAUUUUGAUCCGUCAAUUGAAUUCGAAGAUAGCGAUGAUGAUGAUGAAGAGGAAGAUGAGGAGGAGGAUGACGAUGAUGGAGAAGACGAAGAGGAUGACGACGACGACGACGAUGAACUGACUGGUUUUUCUAUACCACGUUCUAUAGCAGACACUGAAGAAUCAGAACCUGGAAUAGAUAGUGGGACAACUGCAUGUGUUGCUGUUCUUUUACCAGUCAAUGGUGUUGUACGCUUGUAUGUUGCUAAUGCUGGCGAUUCACGAGCUGUACUCUGUCGUGGUGGUGCUGCGGUCGACUUAUCAAAUGAUCAUAAACCUGAGGAUGAAGAUGAAAAAGCCCGAAUUGUUGCAGCUGGUGGAACUGUAACACGUGAUGGCCGAGUCAAUGGUGGUCUUAAUCUCAGUCGCGCUCUUGGUGAUCAUAGUUAUAAGCAAACUCCAAAUAUUCCAUUAACAGAUCAAAUGAUCACACCAUCCCCAGAUGUUACUGAAAUAGAUUUAAUUCCAUCAGCAGAUGAAUUUUUAGUCAUUGCAUGUGAUGGAGUAUGGAAUUCAAUGACAAGUCAAGAGGUUGUAGAAUUUAUUCAGGACCGUUUACAUCCUCCUACUAUAAACAAUAGCAGUAGUGAAAACACUUCAAACAAUCAUUCGAAUUCCGGUGCUGAUGUCAGUAAAAAUGGCAAUGAUCUUGAUGAGGUCGGCAAAUUGGAUUCGUCUGAUCAACUAACAAAAAUAUGUCAUGAAAUUUUCGAUCAUUGUUUGGCGCCGAAUACCGACGGUGACGGUACAGGCUGUGAUAAUAUGACCUGUAUUAUAGUUCGUUUUGACAAUCUUCCUGGUUGGGUUGAAUAUUACGAAAAUAAAGGUAAUGCAUUAAUUGAUUCAACUAUCAUAUCAACAGUCAACGCCAAAAACACAUCGACGACAACAACACUAUCACCAAGGAAACGACCAAUCUCUCAUGAAACCUCCGAGGAUAGUAAUCAUGAUGGUGAAACACUUAUUACUAUGAAUGAUACCAAUGGAAAUAAUUCAUCUCCUACCAUUGAUAGUCAGACGACUACAAUAAAACGUCCAAAACUGGAAUUACUCCAAUCGGAGAAUUCCUUGGAACCAACAAUUGCAAAUGGUAAAAGUAGCAGUGUUAACUAUUAA